CAGUCUCUCCGCUAGGCGCGACUGCAUAUCGUCACCCUCUGCGCGAUUCAUCCUCUACUCUCCCAAAACAACCUGCUAUCAUCUUCAAGGACACUUUUCUCAUCUAUCCAACUCCUCGCAGACAGCGUCCCCUUGCUCUGUCUUCUCUAAAUCAUGGGAAACAAUCAAUCACAAUUGGGAGGCGGCCCUCCAGGACAAGGAGGCAAAGACGAUAAGGACAAAAAGAAGGACAAGCCCAAGUACGAACCACCUCCACAACCAACGACCCGAAUCGGACGAAAGAAGCGCAAGCAAGCCGGACCCAAUGCCGCUGCGAAGCUACCUACCAUCUAUCCUACUGCACGAUGCAAGCUACGGUAUCUAAGAAUGCAACGGGUGCACGAUCACCUGCUUCUGGAAGAAGAAUACGUCGAGAACCAAGAACGUCUAAGAAAAGCCAAAGCCGCUCAGACACAAGCUCCGGCUGCUGCUACAGAAGGUGCUGAACUGGACCGUAACGCUGAUGAGCGAAGCCGGGUCGACGACAUGCGUGGAAGUCCCAUGGGUGUUGGUAAUCUGGAAGAGCUCAUCGACGACGAUCAUGCCAUCGUAUCCAGCGCUACUGGCCCCGAGUACUACGUGUCCAUCAUGUCCUUUGUUGACAAAGACCUCCUCGAGCCUGGAGCUUCUAUCCUGCUGCAUCACAAAUCAGUAUCUGUCGUCGGAGUUCUUACUGACGACGCCGACCCACUGGUGUCCGUCAUGAAACUCGACAAAGCACCGACUGAAUCAUACGCAGAUAUUGGUGGUCUGGAGAAUCAAAUUCAGGAAGUCCGCGAGGCGGUCGAGCUUCCAUUACUACAUCCGGAACUGUACGAAGAGAUGGGCAUCAAACCACCAAAAGGUGUCAUCCUUUAUGGCGCUCCAGGCACAGGAAAAACCCUCCUUGCAAAAGCCGUGGCCAACCAAACAUCAGCCACGUUCCUGCGUAUUGUUGGUUCCGAAUUGAUCCAGAAGUACCUCGGUGAUGGCCCAAGACUGGUGCGACAACUCUUCCAAGUCGCAGCAGAAAAUGCACCCAGCAUCGUCUUCAUCGACGAGAUCGACGCAAUCGGCACCAAACGAUAUGAAUCGACAUCAGGUGGCGAACGAGAAAUUCAGCGAACCAUGCUUGAAUUGCUCAACCAGCUUGACGGUUUCGACGACCGAGGCGAUGUCAAGGUCAUCAUGGCAACCAACAAGAUCGAGACCCUGGAUCCUGCACUGAUCCGGCCCGGACGUAUCGAUCGUAAGAUCCUGUUCGAAAAUCCCGACACCAACACCAAGAAGAAGAUCUUCACCUUACACACCAGCAAGAUGAGCCUGGCAGAGGAUGUCGAACUUGAUGAGUUCAUUGCGCAAAAGGACGAUCUCAGUGGUGCCGAUAUCAAGGCUAUCUGCUCCGAGGCUGGGCUGAGGGCGCUGCGUGAGCGCAGAAUGCGCGUUAACAUGGCCGACUUCCGGAGCGCUAGGGAAGCCGUCAUGAAGACCAAGACCGAAGGCGAGCCGGAAGGUUUGUACUUGUAGAAUAUCUUGUAAUUUAUAGAGGCAGACCGGUCCUGGGACAUCGCUGAAGUGUAACAGAGUAUUUCAUAGGGUUCACGAUGAUGCGUCUGGCCAACCAUGCGACGUGAUCUAUAUGGUAUGCCUUGAUUUUUUUCUUCUUGACCAGCGGACCAUUGUGGACGUUUCCACAGAUGCUUGUUUGAUGAAACUCGGUGCAACAUUCAUGUCAA